UCUACACCUAUGCCGACACACCCUUAUUUGUUUAGCCCUUUUCAAUCGACCAUACUUAGUUCAGUCAAGUUUCAAACAAUCAGAUGGCGGUUGACUACAGCCAGUUACCAGAUGUUGUCUGGGUGAACAUCAUGAAAUAUUUAACACUAGGUGACCGAUAUAGAUUGUCCUUGACCUGCCAUCAUCUCCAUGGUUAUUUUAGUCACCCGUCACUAUGGAACUAUGCUUAUAUCUGUAUGGUUGGGGGUAAUACUAACUUUCACGUAUGCGACACUCUGAUGUCCGAAAAAUGUACAAAGCUCAUCGAAAUAUUCGGACAUCUUUUUCAAAAUGUUCACAUCAAAAUUCGAGGUCAUUUCGGACAGUUGGAUCCUGAAAGUAAAGUUUUACUCGAAGGUCUGUCAGAAAAUUGUCGUCUGCAGGUUUUAACCCUGGAGGUUGGACUGAUGAUUUCAAGUUUUCAUCUCCAUGGCAACCAACCGGUAAAUGAGGAUUUAGCAUCUAUAUUGAAAUUGGUUAAAAAAGCCCAUAUCUUAAAAGAAUUGAAUAUCACUUCUUGGCCAAUGUAUCCAGCUUUACUCAGUGAUCCAGACUACAAUAUAUUUCAGGUCUUGCGUAAAAAUGAAAAAAUGAAGAAUUUGGAGUCUUUAAAUAUGUUUUGGUUGAAGGAUUGUGAUUGGUCAGAAAGACAUCCUAUUCUACCCUCUCCAGAAUUGACAACUACAAUCAUAUUAGGAUUUAGAAAUUUAAAGCGUUUGUCCCUUCGAUCACCAAUGUUAAGCGAAGAACUUUUUUAUGAACUCAUUUCACCUGGUCGAACAAGACUACAGUUAUUACAAAUUUUUGUGACAUAUUCAGUGCACGACCCGCAAUACCAAAUGCCAGAUAUACCAAGUCGAUUGUGGGUAAAAUUAAAAGAAUUUCAUCCUAACAUUGCAAUUGAGUGUACUGUAAUGUCACGGAUCACCAACUUCGAUUUAGGAAUUUUAUUGAAACCAGAAAUGCCAUUGGAAUCACUCACAAUUUUACGACAUGCUAAAUGUGAUGGGGAACUUUUGAUUGCUCUGACGGAAAAAUUUAAUGAAACAUUAAAAUCAUUAAACUGCUAUUGUGACGCCAGUAAAAGUGACCGAGAACUGCUGAAUCUAGCAAAAAAAUGUCGACAACUUUGCAAACUAGUGUUCCAUGGUGACAUUAACCUAGGAACUAUCAUGGAGUUAGCUGAUUUACGGGAGUGGUCGAAAUUGAUCUUUUUAGAGAAGAAUAUAAAAACAGAGAAUGAGGAUAGCGAUAAUGAAGAUGACGAUUCCGUUAUUAAGCUGGAUAAUUCAGGUGUCUAUCAGCUGACAUCUCUACAGCGUUUUCUCCAUGUUGAUGAAGAACGAGACAUAAAAUUAGAACAACUUAAAAAAUAUGUUUCAGAUAAAAUUGGCUUCAAUUGGGCACCUCUUAAAGCAGAGAACAAAAAAAAUGGACUCUGAAUGUCUGUAAGAUAAAAAAACAUAUUAAAUAAGUGUUUUAAUUCUAGUUCCAUGCUAGUUCUAUGCAAAUAAUAUUCUAGUUACAUAGAAAUAAUCAAGGUUAUAUGUACAUGCAAAUAAUUCUAGUAACCUUCAAAUUAAGAAUAUAAAUGUACUCUUUAAUUGAAGGUUAAAACUAGUUAGUAUGAUCACUCUCUCACCAAUUAAAGAAAAUAAAUGGAGUUAAUCUUAAAUCAUAUCACAUUUAAUAUAGACAUAGUUAGACUUUCCUAAUUAUCAAAAAAUUAACCAUGACUUGACUUGAAAAGUAUUAGAUUGACAAAUUUGUAGAAUCGUAAAUCAAAGGUAAAAACUAGUUAUGUGAACAUUCUUUCACCAAUUAAUAAAAAAGUAUAUAAUUAAUUUUGAAUGAUAUCACAUUCUAAAUAGACUUAAUCUCACAUAAAAUAUUGAAAAUCCAAGCAUUGACGUCCUUGAAAAGCAUUACAGAUUUGUACAGCUGGUAAAUUCCAUCUCUAAUUUUAAUUGCAAUGUAAUUUGAAUAUCAAGAGAGGGUUUAAGGUUAGGCAGGCAACUUAACAAGCCUGGCACAAAACUGCAUUGAUACCGGUAGACCUUAUGGCCUAAAGUGCUUGUGUUAGACCACUCAGUUAUUUUGUUAACCUGCAGAAACACCACCUCCAAAGAGCUAAUGGUUUUUUAAUGAAAGUGUAGGUGAGGACUGUACACCUAUAUUACCUCCAAAGCCCUUUAUAUAAACUCAUAAUUGAGUGCCUUGAUCUUAAUUCAUUUGGUUUAUGAAGCCUCUUAUUGAACUGUGUCUUAAUCUUAAUUCAAUUUGUUCAAAAUGAAGUUGUGUCUGUUAAUUGGUAACUUUGUAGCCUUAUUAUGACAAUGGCUCACAAAACAUUAAUCACUGAUGUUCAGUCAAAUGAUUUCAGUGAUAAAUUGUAAUUGUAUUUUUGUUAUAUAUUUGUUAUUUUUUUAUAGAAAGCUUAUUAGAGCAUAAUAUUUCUUAUACACAUAUAUUGAUUGAUAAAUUAAUUGUAUUUUUUAAAAUUAUUUAUGAAAACAUUGUUUGUUACCUAAAUAGUCAUAAGUUUUAUCGCUCAAUAUAUUGUGCACAAGGAGGUCUAUCAAUACGUUUUGUACAUUCAAGAACACCUAACACCACUUCUCAUUAAUUGAAAAGUAAACCUUGUUGACGAUAUUCAUUAUACAUUUGUUGGAAUAAUUUUAAGUUUCUUUAUCUAUAAUUUUCUAAUUGUAUUUAUAAAAUAAUCUAAGCUUGCUGAAUAAGGAAUGUGAUAAUAUGUAUUUUUUAUAGCCUUUUUUUAUUUUUCUAACAAAAAAAUGUAAACUUAUUGAUUUGAUGAUAUAUUUGGACUAAAAUCAUAUUCAAACUAAUUAAUCUAUCAAUAAUUUGCUUCAAAUCCCUCCCAAAACUUUGUAUUCACAGGGAAAUACACCAAGCUAUAAAAAAUCUGUUUUUAGAAGCCAUGUUUGUCACUUAAAUUGAUUGAGGAAGGGCCCAUUUUUCAGAAUGUGUUUGUCAUUACUUACUGUCCAUUACCAUACAUAUUGAGGCCUAAGUAAAUUCUUGAAUUAUUUUCUGCUGUUUAAGUGCAGAGUCUGUUAUAAGUCUACACCCACUUUAGAUAUUUAUGUCAAAUUAUAAGGUAUUAUCAUAUUCCAGGUACUGUCUCAACAAAUGAAAGUCACACAUUGUGCCACUGAUAUUAGGACUGAGAUUUCCACACACAAGACAUGUCAAAGGGAGAUAAUAAAUUGCUGAACAUUGUUAAAUUCCCUGCCAGGAAUCUGCACAUUUUUCAUAAUCUGAUGUUUAAAUAGCUUGGGCAUAAUAAGCAUAAGUAGAAGACAUUUCAUUCCCUCGAUUGUGUCAGCCUAAUUAAAUUUCUUUGAUUAAAAUCAUUCUACAGCAAUGA